UGUGCCCUCUUGGCCGAGGAGGCUGCCUUCCCCCUCACCUACACCAUGACCCUGCACAAGGAGCUCCAGACCUUUGAGUGACUCUUCAGGGUGGUGUAUGUGCCCCAAAAUGUAUACUGUGUCCAUGUGGAUGCCAAGGCACCGGCUCCCUUCCGGCAGGCAAUGCGGCGCCUGGUGGGCUGCUUCCCCAACGCGUUCCUUGCUGUGGUCUAUGGUGGCACCUCCCGCCUGUGGGCUGACCUCCACUGCAUGAGAGACCUCUUGGCCUCAGCCAUGCCCUGGCGCUACUUGCUCAACACCUGCGGCCAGGACUUCCCCUUGAAGACCAACCGGGAGAUCGUCCAGCUGCUGAAGGGUCUCAGGGGGAAGAAUGUCACCCCCAAGGUGUUGCCGCCCCCUGACAUCACUGCACGCACCAAAUACAUGCACAGGGAGGGUGUCGGGCACAACAAUGCAGGGCUGGUCACCCCUUAGCUGCACAGGGCACCCCCACCCCACAACCUCACCAUCUACUUUGGCUCCGCAUACGUGGCCAUCACCCAGCCCUUCGUGGCAUUCGUACUGCAGGACCAGCGUGCCAUUGAUCUGCUGGCGCAAUCUGAAGACACCUACAGCCCCGAUGAGCACUUCUGGGUGAUGCUCAACAGGAUCCCGAGUGUCCCAGGCUCCAUGCCCAAUGCAUUAUGGGAAGGUGACCUGAAAGCAGUGAAGUGGAUUGAUAUGGAAGAGAGCCAUGGAGGUUGUCAUGGCCAUUAUGUCAGAGGCAUUUGUGUGUACGGAACAGGUGACCUCAAGUGGCUUUUUAACUCCACCUGUAUGUUUGCAAAUAAGUUUGAGCUUAAAACAUACCCCUUGACUGUGGAGUGCCUGGAACUGAGACAUCGGCAGAGAACCUUAUCCCAGAGCGAGGUUCCGGUGGAACCCAACUGGUACUUUUAG